UAUUUCAGAAGGAGAAAAUAACAAUUUGGCAGUAGCUCCAUAAAUAUAAAUACAAAUAAAUAUAAGCAUGUGUUUCUUUCAGUUUGAGGCCCUGAGAUAUACGGCCAUGAGCGUGAUCAUCGUUUUCGCAGCUUGCAAUUUUCUUGACGACAGUUUUACCGUAAUGACCCUAUGUGAGGGCCAUGAAAAAAUUAAAACAGGUCUAAUCGUAUCGCUUGUAAUGAAUACCGUAGCGUAUAUUCCAAUUGUCACUGGUUUUUAUGGAACCUAUCGCAAUCACAUCUUGAAGCUACAGCAGUUUAUAAUCACAAUGAUGGCAUAUUUUUUCGGCAAAAUCGUACUAAGCAAAUUUUUAGUUCUUUUCGAACUGCCUAAAGUUGAACUGAUCGUAUCGUAUCAACUAUGUAUUAUCACUUCCGGACUUUGUUUUGUAUUCGCAAUUCCACUAACUGUGAAGCUUUUGGAGAAAGAGAAUGAACCCGAACCCGAAAUUCAAGUUUAA